AUGUUUAUCUAUGGAAUGCAGGAUAUCAUUGAAUCAGUGAACAACAUGGAUAGUCAUCGAUUCGUUCCAUCCAUCAGGUACGCCGUGAAUUUCACCAGGCCACCGGGCUGGCAGAUGGGUCAGGAGGAAUUCAUGGAGCACAGCGACCUGUGCAUCUUCCAGCGGCGACCACCAACGGUGGGGAUCUUUGUCCUCUACGGUCUGGCCAUUCCCACGCUGUCCGCCUUUGGUCUCUGCACGAAUUUCAUCAAUGCCGUUGUUUUUAUGAGACCCAAGAUGACGCCAUCGGCCUUUAGCUAUCUGGCUGCUUUAUCCUGCAUGGACUGCAUAUCCUGCCUGCUGAUCACUCUGACCGCUUUGUCACGAAGCUACUUUUACAUGGAUCCCGCCUGGAAUGCCUAUGACUACCAAUGGCAAACGCCCCUCUUUGGCAUCAGUACGGGAGCAGCGAAUCUGAUCCUGGCCUGCUUGAGUCUGGACCGUUUCAGCUAUUUGUCCAGCUUUAGGAGAAAUAAUGGAGGAGCACCUCGCUUCUGCCGGCGCAAGGUGGCUCGCUAUAUGAUCGCCAUGGCCAUUAGCAUUUCCAUAGUGGUUAAUAUGCCCUAUUUUUUCGUGUUCUAUGUGGGCGGUGAUGGCAACUGCUAUGUCACGGAUUUUUACUACUCCAAUUUUUACAAGGUUCAAAACUGGUUUACCUUUGCCCUUUUGGCCCUCCUGCCAGCCAUAUUCCUGCUGAUUGGCAACACGGCCAUUAUUAUAGCCUUUCGCAAAUGGACAAAACAGAGUCGACGUUGUCAUGCCGGUACUGGUGAUAGUCGAACCACCGCCAAGCGAUAUCAGCACCAAAUGAAACUGACCAUUAGCAUUGUGAUUGUGAUUACCCUGUACCUAAUUGGAGAACUGCCAGCUCACAUGACUUCCAGGAAGAGCUCGCUGAACCUGAUCUUUGGCGGCGAUACCAACAAGGUGGAUGAGUCCUUCAUGGAGCAGCUGGAGGUUAUCUGCAUAACGCUAAAUGCCCUGCAGUUAUCCCUGAAUAUCGUGGUAUAUGCUGUGAUCAAUCCUUCCUUCAUGCCCGAGUUUUUCCUGCUCCUUAAAGCCACAUCCGACGUGUGCUUUGGUCUGUGUUGUUUUCGGGCUCUGGUGCGGAGCUGGAGGCGCUGUCAGGCCCGAAGGCAGCAACAGGCCACGGCAGAGGAGCAUGUGGUCAGCGGGGUGGCGCCCCAGCAUCUGCCGGCGGACGAGGCCCUGCCCUGCGGUUGCGAGAGCUGGGCCAGUGACUCGGGCUGCAAGAAUGAUGCCCACUGCAAGACAGCUGUGGGAACCUUUACCAUGGUCAAGGAUUCUGUGCAUGAUGAGGAGGUCUUUUCCCACUGCGAGCCGGAGGUCUUCACCACAAGAUCAAGCGCCUGCCUGCACGCUAAAGGACCCAAUCCCGACGAGGAGUCUAUCUUCAGUUCUAGCUUUAUUAUAAUUACUUAA